AUGUCCAAACCAAGCCAAUACCUCCUCCUCUCCCUCCCAACCUCCAUCGUCCCCUCGCACCACCGCGACGACGCCCUCCAAGCCAUCUCAACCACAAUCUCCCCGGACAAUGGCUCCGCCGCCUCCUUCCCGAUCCCGGAGUUCAAGAUCGGCACGCUAGACGCCCUGGUUCAGCAGGCGGACGAACUGGCCAAGCUCGAGGCUUCGUGCCAGGGUGUCGUUGCGAAGGUUGGCGAUGCUUUGAAGAAUAUCCUUGGCGGCGACGAGGCGCAGAUUGAGAGUAUGAAGGUUGUCAAUGAUAAGCCUGUCGAUCAAUACCUUCGUACUUUCCAAUGGAAUAAAGUCAAGUACAGGGCUGAUAAGCCGUUGGCCGAGUUGAUCGAUUUGCUGCAGAAGGAAGCCGCCAGUAUCGACAACGACAUCCGAUUCAAGUACUCCCAAUAUAACCAGGUCAAGAACAACCUGUCCCAGCUGCAGCGCAAACAAACAGGCAACCUCUCAACCAAGUCCCUCGCCUCGGUGAUCGACCCCAAAUCCAUCAUCCAGGACUCCGAAUACAUCGAAACCCACCUGGUCGCCGUCCCAAACCAACUAGUAAAAGACUUCCUGAAGACCUACGAGACCGUCGCGCCGAUGGUGGUCCCCGCUCCGCGCAACUUCGCGGAGUUUGUGCAUAAAUGCCGCGAGCAGAAGUGGAUUCCGCGUGACUUUAAGUAUGUCGAGGGUGGCAAGGAGGAGGAGCGCAAGGAGGUUGAGCGUGUUGGUGGUGAUGAGCGCAAGCUAUGGGGUGAGACGUUGCGGCUUGGUCGGACGGCUUGGAGUGAGGCUGUUAUGGUUUGGAUUCAUAUUUUGGUAUUGAGGGUUUUUGUUGAGACGGUUUUGCGGUAUGGUUUGCCGUUAGAUUUCAUCUGUGCUUUGGUUCGGGCGCCAUCCUCUAAGCAGGCUGAUCGUGCCAAGUCCAACCUUGAGAACAAAUACUCUUAUCUGGCUGGGAAUGCCUUUGGGCGCGAUAAGAAGGGUCGUAUGCAGCGCGAUGAUCCUGGUGAGAUGCAUGCUGGUGGUGAGGGAGGUGCGGACUAUACGCCGUAUGUGUUUUACGAAUUCGCGUUCCACUGA